UACUAAAGUCCAUUAAAUACUAUAAUAAAAAUAAGAAAAUAACCAACAAAAAUAAUAUUUUAUUUAUUGUAACCAAAGAGAUUAUACAACUAUAAAACGCACACCCUUCUCACUCUUUUUAACGUCUCUUGCUCUCUCCUUCAUAUAACUCUGUGACAAGAUUCUAGAGAGAGAGAGAAAAUGGCCCUCCUCAACGACCUCAUCAAUCUUAACCUCACAGAUUCCACCAAGAAGAUCAUAGCAGAAUACAUCUGGAUUGGUGGAUCGGGUAUGGACCUUCGAAGCAAAGCAAGAACUCUUCCAAAGCCAGAGAGUGACCCCAAGAAGCUGCCAAAAUGGAAUUAUGAUGGAUCAAGCACUGGUCAAGCCCCAGGAGAGGAUAGUGAAGUUAUCCUCUAUCCUCAAGCUAUUUUCAAGGAUCCGUUCAGGGGUGGUAACAAUAUCUUGGUAAUCUGCGAUGCAUACACACCGGCCGGUGAGCCAAUUCCGACCAACAAGAGACACGCCGCAGCCAAAAUCUUCAGCCACCCAGAAGUCGAGAAGGAAGUUCCAUGGUAUGGAAUUGAACAAGAAUACACCUUACUGCAGAAGGGCAUCAACUGGCCCUUGGGCUGGCCACAAGGCGGUUUCCCGGGACCUCAAGGCCCAUACUAUUGCGGUAUUGGUGCUGACAAGGCUUUUGGGCGCGAUAUCGUUGAUGCUCACUACAAAGCUUGUUUGUACGCUGGGAUUAACAUAUCUGGAAUUAAUGGUGAAGUCAUGCCCGGUCAGUGGGAGUUCCAGGUCGGGCCAUCUGUUGGCAUCUCGGCUGGUGACGAGAUAUGGGCUGCUCGUUACAUUCUCGAGAGGAUUACUGAAAUUGCUGGAGUCGUGGUCUCAUUCGACCCAAAGCCUAUUCCUGGUGACUGGAACGGUGCAGGAGCUCACACAAACUACAGCACCAAGUCAAUGAGAGAAGAGGGAGGCUACGAGAUAAUAAAGAAAGCCAUCGAAAAGUUGGGUCUUCGACACAAGGAGCACAUCGCGGCAUAUGGUGAGGGCAACGAGCGUAGGCUCACCGGCAAACACGAGACCGCCAACAUCAACACCUUUAAAUGGGGUGUGGCGAACCGUGGUGCAUCCAUUCGUGUUGGGAGGGACACCGAGAAGGACGGAAAGGGUUACUUCGAGGACCGUAGGCCGGCUUCCAACAUGGACCCAUAUGUUGUUACUUCGAUGAUCGCUGAGACCACGAUUCUGUUGUGAUCGGGUGUUUGUUUGAUGAUUGAAGUGCGGGGGGGAGAUUUGAAUCAGAAUUUGGAAACAAUCCUUUGUGUUUAUUUCGAUCUGUGUUUGUAUUUUUGGUACGCAUUGAUGUAUUUCAGAAUGCUUGUUGGUAAUAACGUUAGUACAUUUUAUUGUUUGAUAAUAACAACAACGUAAAUGGUUGGUUUAAA